CAUCCUUGUGUAAACACGGAUCUGAAAUCGUAUUAAACCUAGUCCGGGACCCACCUUCCCCCCCUCUUCCACCGUCACCAUCAUACAGGCACAGGCCAGCCAUUCUCCAUUAACAUGCUUUUCUACUAACUACACACACUCUCAUAACUCGUUCUACAAUUCAGAUCUAGACACACAACAAUGGCGAUCUCCACGCCUUUCACUCGCUCUCGCACUUCACUCGCCGCCCGGAGUAGCCACUCUAUUCCACCACCGCUCGCUGCCGCAGGUUCAUUCGCAUCUACGCUUUCCGUGCUCCUACUCGUAUUCAUCUCCUCAUCCGACGUCGUUUCAUCAAAUCUCCACACUGGUUCUGCUUUUGAAUCUUCUGACGGAAUCGGAACCUUUAGGCGUUCUGUGCUCGCGUUGAAAUCAGAUCCGUUAAAACCUAGAUUUGAUCAGAUUAGAAAGCAAGCAGAUGAUCACAGAUCGCUUGCUUUAGCUUACGCUGCGUAUGCCCGUAAGCUAAAGCUCGAAAACUCUAAGCUCGUUAGAGUUUUCGCUGAUCUGUCACGUACUUAUACGGAUCUGUUAUCAAAACCUGCUUACAAAGGGUUGUUCGACUCUGAUUCUGAGUCAAUCGAUGAAACAACGCUGCGAAAGUUUGAAAUGGAGGUCAAGGAGAGGAUUAAGGUGACUAGACAAGUGAUUGCGGAAGCGAAGGAAUCGUUUGAUAAUCAGCUUAAGAUACAGAAGCUGAAGGAUACAAUUUUCUCGGUUAAUGAACAGUUAACAAAGGCGAAAAAGCAAGGCGCGUUCUCCAGCUUGAUUGCUGCGAAAUCUAUACCGAAGAGCUUGCAUUGUGUUGCGAUGAGGUUGAUGGAGGAACGGAUUGCGCAUCCGGAUAAGUAUUCGGAUGAAGGGAAGCCGCGGCCUGCGGAGUUUGAUGAUCCCAAGCUUUAUCAUUACGCUAUAUUUUCGGAUAAUGUUGUUGCUGCGUCUGUUGUGGUGAAUUCGGCUGUUAAGAACACGAAAGAGCCAUGGAAACAUGUUUUUCACGUGGUGACGGAUAAGAUGAAUCUUGGAGCGAUGCAGGUUAUGUUUAAGAUGAAAGAAUACAAUGGUGCUCAUAUUGAAAUCAAAGCGGUGGAGGAUUAUAAGUUUUUAAACUCCUCGUAUGUUCCUGUGUUGAAGCAGCUCGAAUCUGCAAAUUUGCAGAGGUUCUACUUUGAAAACAAACUUGAAAACGCCACCAAAGAUACAACCAAUAUGAAAUUCAGGAACCCUAAGUAUCUUUCCAUAUUGAAUCAUCUGAGAUUCUACCUACCGGAGAUGUACCCAACUUUGCACAGAAUCUUGUUCUUGGAUGAUGAUAUUAUCGUUCAAAAGGAUUUAACCGGGCUUUGGAAGAUAGAUAUGGAUGGGAAGGUGAACGGAGCUGUUGAGACGUGUUUUGGGUCGUUUCAUAGGUAUUCACAGUACAUGAAUUUUUCACAUCCUUUGAUCAAGGAGAAAUUCAAUCCAAAGGCAUGUGCUUGGGCUUAUGGGAUGAACUUCUUUGAUUUGGAUGCUUGGAGGAGAGAAAAAUGCACCGAAGAAUAUCACUAUUGGCAAAAUCUGAAUGAAAACCGAACUUUGUGGAAGCUGGGAACAUUGCCUCCAGGUUUGAUCACAUUUUACUCUACAACAAAACCAUUAGAAAAAUCCUGGCAUGUUUUGGGUCUCGGGUACAAUCCAAGCAUAAGCAUGGAAGAGAUCCGUAACGCUGCAGUUGUGCAUUUUAAUGGAAAUAUGAAACCAUGGCUCGACAUUGCGAUGAACCAAUUUCGGCCACUUUGGACAAAAUAUGUGGACUAUGAUAUGGAAUUCGUUCAGGCCUGUAAUUUUGCUCAUUGAACCAUAAUCAGUGUUUAGGUUUGUGCGAUAUGACACGUAUACAAUGAUAUAGAAUGCGGUCCUCAAGUGUUGAUAGUGUUCACGGAUGAAUUAUAUUAGCUUGUUGUUUAUUUAAAAUAAUUAAUGGGUUAAACACUUUGUUAGAUUUACUUUGGAACAAUGUGAAGGUAGACCAGUUUAGUUUGUUGUUGCUA